CCUGCACCCCGUGGCACUCUCGCACGCCCCACCUGCACCCACCCACCACUGCUGCUGGUCCUACCCUCAGCCACAGCCUUCACCGGAGUCAGUCACGGGCACGUCGUCGUGGUGACUAGAGUGUCUCUUCUCCCUCUGCUGACAUCUACAGACAUGCCGUUGCAGAGCCGUGAUAAGGAGCUGGAGAAGGAGGUGGUGGAGUGGGUGGAGGCGGUGUUAGGGGAGAAGCUUCCUCCAGGCAACUUCGAGGACGUGUUUAAAGAUGGCGUCGUCCUCUGUAACCUCAUCAACAAGAUCCAGCCCAACUCCGUCAAGAAGAUCCAGACGUCCGGCGGCUCCUUCAAACUCAUGGAGAACAUUCAGAGGUUCCAGGAGGCCAUUAAGAAGUAUGGCGUGCCUCACGAGGAGAUCUUCCAAACGGCUGAUCUUUUCGAGAGACGCAACAUCCACCAGGUGGUCCUCUGCAUAUACUCCCUCGGACGCAUCACCCAGAAACACCCGGAGUACACAGGCCCACGUCUUGGUCCCAAGAUGGCUGAUGAACAGAAGCGAGAGUGGGACGAAGACCAGCAGAGACAGCUGAGGGACGGCCAGAUCGGCCUCCAGAUGGGGCAGAACAAGGGUGCUACACAGGCAGGCCUCGGCGCCUUGGGCCAGACACGACAUAUGUAGAUGGAAGCGGAGGGAGACUUCGUCAGAUUUACCGGCAUGCAGGCUCAUACCCUCUCCUCAGCGGCAGUCUCUUCCCCUUCUGCCACCAAAAGAGCGCAGUGUUAGCAGCCUUCUCCUCCUCUUCUAUCUGCUACCAGCAGCACCCGUGUCCUCUUCUGUCUGCUACCAGCAGCCCCCGUGUACUCUUCUGUCUGCCACCACAUUAUUUGUCCUCUACCACCAGCAACAUCCAUCCUGCAGAGUCCAACGUCUUCCUGUUCACAUGUACCACUAGCGGAAGCUACCCUUCUUCCUCUAUUGUUCAUGUACUUUCACCAGUCCCCGCACACUCUGCAUAAUCUUAUACCUGUUCCUGUACUUUGUGUAACCUUCCACCUGUUCGUGUACUCUGCCUAACCUUCCACCGUCCAUGUACUCUACGUAACCUGUCUGUUCUUCUGCAUUUGUACCCAAAUACCAGUGAUAAACACCUUCCAGAAUGUAGAUAUCCUAUCAUCUGUGCCUUGAGGCGUGCCUCAGACCCAUGAGACUCCCAACAGCUCUUUCUCCAUCAGCCAUAUAAACCACAAUCAAUAAAGAUUCGAACUUUGAAAGCACAUCUUUUCCGGUAAUUCUUACCAUACAAAACAUUUCCUUUAACAUACAACCCCUCUCCUAAGCAACAUGGGUCUACAGCCUUUAUUUUCCAUGGAAAUAUGUGUUUGUUAUAAUGAAGGCGAGGAGGAUAUAAGGAUUUUUAAAUGUAGAUAUUAUAUAUAUAUAUAUAUAUAUAUAUAUAUAUAUAUAUAUAUAUAUAUAUAUAUAUAUAUAUAUAUAUAUAUAUAUAUAUAUAUAUAUAGCCUACCAAGGAAAUUUUAAUCAACGUUAUUUUUUUACUUUCUUUUUGUUAAUAUUUUCAGUUGGAUGGUGUUAUUUGAAAGUUUAUGGUUUAUUAUCCAGAGCCUGAUUAGCUCUGAGGCCCAGAGCUUGCACGAAUCUUAAGGCGUUUUGAGAGCUUUCCACACACUCCUCUGUCGUUUCGGGUCUCCAAGAGCUCAACCAGUGAUUCCAGCGAGCUCUUGGCCUCAGUGCUCACUCUAUGACCGUCUUCCCCAUUAUAAUAUUGAUGUCAUCUACCAGAUAGCCUUGCAGUUAAUGACGUUGCUAUCAUCCACUUCGGGGUCUGAUAUCCAACAAAGUCGCUGUUAUCUACCCGAGAGUUUGAUACCCAAUGGCUUCGCUAUCAUCCUUCUAAAGAAAUGAUACCCAACGACUCCGCUGUCAUCCAUUUAAGGGACUGAUAGCCAAGGACGUCUUUAGCGAUGGUUUGAGCUGAGACUCAGACUUUAGCAAGUAUUGACUUCAUCAAGCCAGAGGAAGCACCAAUGACAUCACAGCUUCCUGGUCCACCCACCAGCUUCCUGGUCCACCCACCAGCUUCCUGGUCCCACCCACCAGCUUCCUGACCCACUCAACAGCUUCCUGUUCCACCUACCAGCUUCCUACCAACCCACCAGCUUCCUGACACAUCCACUAGCUUCCUGGUCCACCAACAAGCACUGACAUGGUUUCUGGUUCACCAACAAGCUUCCUGGCCCACUGACCAGCUGCCCGGCCCACCGAACAGCUUCCUGGCACACCGACCCGGCUUCAUGGCCCACCGACCAGCUGCCUGGCCCCACCGACCAGCUGCCUGGCCCCACUGACCAGCUGCCUGGCCCACCGACCAGCUUCCUGGCCCCACCGACCAGCUUCCUGGCCCCACCGACCAGCUUCCUGGCCCCACCGACCAGCUGCCCUGCCCACCGAACAGCUUCCUGGCACACCGACCCGGCUUCAUGGCCCACCGACCAGCUGCCUGGCCCCACCGACCAGCUGCCUGGCCCCACCGACCAGCUUCCUGGCCCCACCGACCAGCUGCCUGGCCCACCGACCAGCUGCCUGGCCCACCGACCAGCUGCCUGGCCCACCGACCAGCUGCCUGGCCCCACCGACCAGCUUCCUGGCCCACCGACGAGCAUCAGCUCAUCCAGCUACUUAACUGUCAGUGCGCCUUGCGUUGUUCCAGGUUUCCGCUUUGUGUAUCAUAUUUAAUAAAUCAUAAUCAUUCA